AUGAUUCCGUUGCGUGGCUUGAAAAGACCCCAAUCCGAGGAAGAAUCGUGGAAAAUCUUGUCCACCCCAAAGGUGAAAACCUUGACUGGUAAAGAGAUUGAGAUCGACAUCGAGCCCACUGACAAGGUUGAACGAUACAAGGAGCGUGUUGAAGAGAAAGAAGGCAUCCCUCCCCCACAACAGCGACUCAUUUUCUCCGGUAAGCAGAUGAACGACGAAAAGACGGCGGCUGAUUACAAAGUCCAAGGCGGUUCCGUACUUCAUCUGGUUUUGGCUCUUCGAGGCGGAAGAACAGCUAUGUGCUGA